UGAAGAUCGUCAGUCAACUCUUCAGCUUCCUUUAAUCAACACAAUUUACCUAAGUUAGCUACUUUAGCUAAAAACAAUCAAAAGAUGAGAGCUUUCGUCCUUUUGUCCUGUUUGGCCAUGGCCGCGGCCAGACCCGAAGCCGGAUACGCUUAUAACCGUCCAGGAGGUGUCGGUGGUGGACACGGUGGUGCAAUCGGUGGUGGAAUCGGUGGUGGAUUCGGUGGUGGCGCUGGUGGAUUAAUUGGCGGCGGCGGCGGUGGCCACGGUGGAGCCGGAGGCAUCGGUGGAGGAUUCGGUGGCGGCUCAGGAUUCGGUGGAGGAAUUGGCGGAGGUGGAUUCAGCAGUGGUGGCGGUUUUGGAGGAUCCGGAUUUGGAGGUGGUGCUGGAUCAGGAUUCGGUGGUGGUGCCGGAGGUGGAUUCGGUGGUGGCGCCGGAAGCGGUUUCGGUGGUGGUGCUGGCGGUGGCUUCAUUGGAGGUGGUGCUGGUGGUACUGUUGUACAGAAGCACAUCUACGUCCAUGUUCCACCACCAGAUCAGGAAGAAGUCCGUGCUCCACGACCAAUUCCAGUCGCUCAAGCCCAGAAACACUACAAGAUCAUCUUCAUCAAGGCUCCAUCUGCUCCACAAUACCAAGCUCCAAUCAUCCCAGUCCAACCACAAAACGAAGAAAAGACCCUUGUCUACGUUUUGGUUAAGAAACCAGAAGAACAACCAGACAUUGUUAUCCCAACUGCUGCUCCAACUCAACCCAGCAAACCAGAAGUAUACUUCAUCAAAUACAAGACCCAAAAGGAAGGUGGUGCCAUUGGUGGUGGAGCUAUCGGAGGUGGUGCUAUCGGCGGUGGUGCUAUCGGAGGUGGAAUCGGUGGAGGAAUCGGUGGUGGACUUAGCGGUGGAAUCGGUGGAGGAAUCGGCGGAGGAAUCGGAGGUGGACACGGUGGAGACAUCGGUGGUGGAGCUAUCGGAGGAUCCGGAAUUGGAGGUGACAUCUCUGGAGGACACGGAAGCACUGGACCAUCAUCAUCAUACGGACCACCAGGAAAAUCUGGACCAUACUAAAAUAAUAACGUCGAUCAUAGCUAGUCCUAUAUAUCUCAUCUUUUGUACAUAUAACUUUCCCUUAGCUUUAGGUAAACUGUGACGAUUUUGCAAUAAAAAACAACGGUGACAAAAUUUAAA